UAUCCUUUGAGAGAAGGCGUCUUCUCUCUCAGGUUUUGCUGGUCUUCCUUCCUCCUCUCGCUUCGGAUGGAGAUGUGAGCUUCCCUUCAUUCUCUUCAUCCCUCUCUCUCUGUCUGUCUUUACACCUUACGAUCCAAAGAGCAAAACACUCUUUCAUCAUCUCCAUAUGGCUCUUUCGCUCCUCUCUCCAGUUUCUAUCUCCGCCUCUCUUUCUUUUACUCUAUCCGCCAUUACCGCUACUUCUAAUAAUAAUGCCUCAUCCUCUCUCUACUCUUUAUAUCAUCCCAAAGGAACUUUACGAACCAGAACCGCUACCUCUUUUUUCGGAGGCUCCGGGAACUUGAGGAUUGAUUCCAUGGCGGAUAAGAGGGAUUUGUGUCUCGUGCUUUGUAGUACCAACGGCGGCGGAGGUGAAUUGGAUGAUAUGGACGAAGGUGAAAUCGAGAGAAUUGGAAAUCAAGACGAAGAAGAUGACGACGAUUUUAUCAUUGGCCAUUCUAAUACUUCCCCUGAGAGAUGGGAUGUUUUGGGUCUCGGCCAAGCCAUGGUAGAUUUCUCUGGAGUUGUGGAUGAUGAGUUUCUAGAGAAACUAGGUUUAGAAAAGGGAACAAGGAAACUGAUUAAUCACGAGGAGAGGGGUAAAUUACUACAAGCAAUGGAUGGUUGCAGCUAUAAGGCUGCAGCUGGAGGCUCAUUGUCCAACACUCUUGUUGCUCUCGCUAGGUUAGGUUCUCAUUCUAUCGUUGACCGGCCUUUGAAUGUCGCUAUGGCUGGCAGUAUUGGAGGUGACCCUCUCGGUAGCUUUUACGGGACUAAACUACGUCGAGCAAAUGUUAAUUUUCUUUCUGCUCCAAUUAAGGAUGGAACAACUGGAACAGUUAUAGUCCUCACGACUCCUGAUGCACAACGUACUAUGCUUGCAUAUCAGGGAACGUCCUCUGUCGUUAAUUAUGAUUCUUGUCUGGCUAGUUUGAUAUCCAAGACAAAUGUCUUUGUUGUGGAAGGCUAUUUGUUUGAGCUUCCUGAUACUAUAAGGACCAUAACAAAAGCAUGCGAAGAAGCCCACAGGAAUGGGGCACUUGUUGCUGUGACAGCAUCAGAUGUGUCUUGCAUAGAAAGACAUUAUGAUGACUUCUGGGACAUUGUGGGGAACUAUGCGGAUAUUGUAUUUGCAAAUAGUGAUGAAGCAAGAGCGUUUUGUCACUUUUCCGCAGAGGAAAGCCCAAUUUCAGCGACAAGGUACAUGAGCCAUUUUGUUCCAUUUGUUUCGGUGACGGAUGGAAUCAACGGGUCAUACAUUGGAGUAAAAGGAGAGGCCAUAUACAUUCCUCCUUCCCCAUGCGUGCCAGUUGACACAUGUGGUGCUGGAGAUGCUUACGCUUCAGGGAUCUUAUACGGUAUCUUGAGAGGAGUCUCUGACUUGAAAGGAAUGGGAGAUAUGGCUGCUACGAUUGCAGCGACUGUGGUGGGUCAACAGGGAACCAGACUUAGGGUUCAGGACGCGGUUGACCUGGCUCGAUCACAUGCCUACCGUCUCAAAGGUUCUGGUGUUCGAACAGAUAUUGGGUCUUGAUCAAAUUUCUCUACCUUGUGAUUUUUAGCUUUUAUGAUUCAUUCUUUGAUUUUCAUGCUGUAGUGCCUUUUGCAAUUUGACUUGUAAUCUUUGUAUGUAACAUUUUAGUAGUAUAUAUAUAAACAAAGUCUGAUAGAA